AUGAUGACCCUCCCAUCCACGCAGACAGAACCCGCCUUUCGAACCUUGGCAUUCGCACAAUCCAUUUCGACGGAGAGCGCCUCUACAUCUCCAACCGGUCAUAGCGCAGCAUUCCCCAUAUCCUCGUCUGAGAUCUCGUGCAUCGCGAGGUACCUGGCUCGGAUGCGGAAGCCAGACGUCGAAGGGGACAAUGUGCGUUUUCGUGCUGCGGAUUGUACGGAAGCCGACGACGGUAGUGGGAAAGUCGCGCUUCCGAAUCCGAGUCUGAGGACGACAGAGAUAAAAGCGGGAGGCGGAGCUGUGGAAGUCAUGCGGAUAUACGAAACAGAUGAAGCUGAGGGGCUCGGAGAGGUCGGAAAGGACAUCGAGGUGGAGACAGAGACGGGGACGAUCGAUGAUCAGGUUGUGGCCGGAUACCGGGUGGGAGAGGAUGCAUCCACCAGCUUGAGUGUGUCAGAACGUGCAGAGGCCGAUGGAGUGAAAACAUCACUGGUAUGGAUUAUCGUUCCCACUUUUGUGUUUCCCGUUAUACGUGUUCAUCCCAAUCAGGCUGAGCUGAUUGGGUCAUCCCAUAUAAUCCCCUAG